AUGAGUAGUGCUGCAAAAGUCGUCUGGAGUGCUGCAGGCGGGGGCGACAUCCAAGCAGAUGUGGUGAACGAGCUGGCUGAAAGAAAGAGAACAGAAUUGUACCAGGAGCUAGGUCUUCAAGCACGAGAUCUACGGUUUCAGCAUCAAGUGAGCAUAUCACCCAGGAACAACAGGAUUAUCAUGAGAAUGGAGUUUUUGAAGGCAGUGAUAACUCCAGAAUUUCUUCUAAUCUUAGACUAUCGCAAUGUAAACAUGGAAAAAUGGUUACUACAAGAACUGGCUUCUCAGUUGGCUGGGGAAGGCCAGCUAGUAACAUAUUCUUUACCUUUUGAAUUCAGAGCAAUCGAAGCAGUACUUCAGUACUGGAUCAACAGUCUACACGAGAGACUUAGCAGCCUGCAGCCGCAGAUUCUUGAGACGCUGAAUGCUUUAGUGGAUCCUAAGCUUCUGUCUGUGGAUAGGAGUAAAGUUCAUGUUCUGUUGCAAAACGGAAAGAGCUUGUCAGAGUUAGAAACGGAUAUUAAAGUAUUUAAGGAAACAAUAUUGGAAAUCCUUGAUGAGGAAGAACUCAUAGAGGAGUUGUGCCUAACUAAAUGGACAGACCCACAAGUAUUUGAGGAGAGUAUUUCUGGAAUUGACCACGCAGAAGAGAUGGAGCUGCUACUGGAGAAUUAUUACAGGCAAGCAGAAGAUCUUGCUAAUGAAACUCGUGAACUCAGGGUGUUGAUUGAUGAUUCUGAAAGUAUCAUCUUUAUCAACUUAGACAGCCACCGUAAUAUAAUGAUGAGGCUGAACUUGCAGUUGACCAUGGGUACCUUUUCUCUUUCGCUCUUUGGAUUGAUAGGAGUCGCUUUUGGAAUGAACUUGGAAUCCUCAUUUGAAGAGGACAGAAGAAUAUUCUGGCUGGUGACAGGAAUUAUGUUCCUGGGCAGUGGCCUAAUAUGGCGGCGGCUGCUUUCAUUCCUGGGACGGCAUCUAGAACCUUCAGUACCUCCAUCUAUCCCUACUUUGCUGAAAAGAACUCAUCUAACAAAUGGGAAAGUAGAAUUUAAACAUGACUUCAAAACAGAAUCCUUUGGGUCAAGCAGAAGCACAGUAACCACCCAAUGAUCAUAUCUGUUUUGGUGUUCCUUCAUAACUUUAGACUCUUUCCUGUAUUUUCAUAUAACGAAAGUAUAGAAGUCUUUUAGAGUUGACUUGAGGAUGCACCAAAGAAGUACAGCUAGAAUAACCAAAAUAGAAGAGUAGUCCUACAGAAUAUUUUUGCCACAGUAGGAAAAAAAGCAAGUGGGACCCAU